AUGAACUGAGCCCAGUGGCUCAGAGAUCCUCUGCGAUGCUGCUGCUCCCAGACCUCCCAGUCUGCAGCCGAGCUCUCACACAGCUCUGAUGGCAGAGCAGGACAGGUGGACUGAACUGGAGAAGGACAAUCAUCACCUGUUUGGGACAUUUUGAACAACAGCAGACAAAAAAAAAAAAAAAAAGAAGGUGGAACAGAGAAGAGCUGAUAGGUCUCUUGUCCACCCAUCUCCACCCUCCUUUUACUCUUUCAUGCACACUCAUUUGCAUCCACCCCCCUUUGCCUUUUAUUUCCUCUCUAUGUCCAAUGCUGGUGUGAACAGCAGAGCACCCUCAGCUGAGCUGGAUGGAGGCACAGGGAGGGGCGGGGAGCCCAGAGCCCAAUAAAGAAAUCCAGAAGCUGCUGAAGCCGUCCAGCUCCGGCGAUCUGUGCAAGGAGCUGUUCCAGCAUCCGUCAGGAGAGGAGGAGGCCACGUUGUCCGGGCACACGGCUAGCUUGCUCCACAUCACUGAAAAGAGACAACCGCUGAGCAGUGUGUCGUCUCUGGAGGUGCACUUUGACCUCUUGGAUCUGACUGAGCUGACUGACAUGUCUGACCAGGAACUGGCUGAAGUCUUCCCUGACUCUGACGAGGAAAACCACAAUCAGUCCCCAGCAGGGUCCCACCAGCCGAUGCUCCCCAGGUGUGGCUACAUGCGUUCUCCGUCGUGGACUCGCUGCAGUAAAGUCGAGCUUCCACGAGAGAGGAAGCAUCACAGUGACUCAGACACCGCCGAGCCCUUAAUGAAGCUAGAAAGGCCAAAGCAUCCCUAACUGCUCGUGUCAAACAAGUCGCCCGCAGAAAGAGAAAACCCCGAGCUGCAGGGAUGCAGUCGGAGUGGCCAAACAAAACAGAGCAGGAGGCCUCCGUCUGCCUCGGCUGUGCCCCGUCAUGAUGUGCUGCAGCUGGAGAUCAGCCUGAACUCUGGACGUUAACAUGUUGAGACGUGCAGCAUAAAAACUCCCUGUCCUCCUUCAUCCUCACACCAACAGGUAAACAUCAUGGCGCUCACAGACAGACAGACGUGAUAUCAACAACAGCACCUUCAUCCUUUCAGCACCUCAGGGUGGAAGAGGUUAGCACUGUGCGGCAGCCAAAUCUGAACUUUCUGUGACGAUAACACCCGAUCUGAAUUAAAACGUAAAUCGUUGGAAUUGUUCGACCUAAAACUUCACCCUGACGUUAAGUGAGACGUCUUUUUUCUGCUGCCUUGAACAUCUCGACAGUGAUGCUCAUCACCUUCUCCAGCUUGAUGUGCGUCACAAAUAAAAGAAAAUCCACUCAUUUCACUGAUGUGUGUUUCCAGUAUGGCCCCGUAACUUUUGGCUUUUGGUGUGGAUGAUUUAAAGAAAGAAAGCAAGCAGCAACUCUCUGUUUCCACGCUAAAGAUUUUCUUUAUAAUUUUUUGUCUUAGGUUCAUUUAAUUUCUGUUUUAAUUUCAACAAAACUCAAGUUAAUUGCCACCAGAUGUGUAUUAACUAAAGUAAAAAGAAAUGAAGAAUCACAGUGUGCUGAAUUUGUGCCAAAAAGACAACAAAGUGCCAAUUAGUUUCACUGAAAUAAAAUCAUUUUUUUGUUUUUGUCACUGAAUAAAAAGUUGAUUACUCAGUUAAUUUGAAGUGUGUAAAGAUUGUCUUCACCAGGAGAGCCAAUAAGUCUGACUUCUGUGGGACGAUGAAUCAAAGAUGGCGGAUGGAGAAAGAUUUUC